CGGCCACGGCGCCGGUUCCGCAGCCUUGGCCGUUUCCCUUCCUUCAGCCCCGACAGCAGCACUCACAGCCGCCCGUCAUGGUGCACUGGACCGCCGAGGAGAAGAGCGCCAUCAGCGCCAUCUGGAGCAAGGUGGACGUGGCCGCCAUCGGCGCAGAGUCCCUGGCCAGGCUGCUGAUCGUCUACCCCUGGACCCAGCGCUUCUUCACCAGCUUCGGCAACCUGAGCAACGCGGGCGCCAUCCUGAGCAAUGCGCAGGUCAAGGCGCACGGCAAGAAGGUCUUCACCGCCUUCGCGGACGCCGUCAAGAACCCCGAGGGCGUCAAGGACAGCUUCGCCAAGCUGAGCGAGCUGCACUGCGACAAGCUGCACGUGGACCCCGUCAACUUCAAGCUGCUGGGCGACGUCCUGAUCAUAGUGCUGGCGUCCCACUUCGGGAAGGAAUUCACCCCGCACGUCCAGGCCUCCUACCAGAAGCUGGUGGCAGUAGUGGCCCACGCCUUGGCCCACCGGUACCACUAGGCCUCCUCCGCAGUGGCUGCGGCCGCCCUUCGUGCCCUCCCAGGGGGCCGCUCCAGCCCCCCGACCUGCUCAGACAAUAAACGUUUGCAGACUGAA